CGCGUUGUACGAGUUGCUUCACGAACACACGUGGCUAAAGCUUUGAUUUGUGAAUUUUUCCUGUAAUAAAGCAAAUAAUACAACAUGCCUUUGGCUAAAGAUUUCCUUCAUCCAUCUCCUGCAGAGGAGAAGAAGAAACACAAAUUGAAGAGAUUGGUGCAAAAACCAAACAGUUAUUUCAUGGAUGUAAAAUGUCCUGGCUGCUAUGUCAUCAAGACAAUCUUUUCCCAUGCCCAAAAGCCAGUUCAAUGCGAUAGCUGUGGAACUUAUUUGUGCACUCCAACAGGCGGCAAAGCUCGUUUGACGGAAGGAUGUUCGUUCAGGAGGAAAGUUCAAUGCUAAUUUUAUUUAAAUAAAUUUUUAUUCUAAAUAAAACAAAAAAAUUCUUAAAAAAGGUA